UAAGUGAUAAUUUUCUUAGAACACUUUGCCCUGAUCUUCUGAUUAUUUGCUUGCUUCUUCCAAAAUGCUAAAAUUGUGGAACCAUAAGAUUUGUGCUAAUAUGGAAGGCAACAAUAAGAUUCAGGUCAUUGCAAUUUGGCUUAUUAAGAACACUGAUACUAACAAGAGAAAUAGUGCUGUUUACAAGGAAAAUUGUUAAUCUAUCAUGAUUUCCCAGACACCAUUUUCCUUUUAUUUUAUUUGGCAUUUCUUUGUUUUUGCAGAUGAUGGAUCAGUAUGGGGCUGGGGAUACAAUGUCUAUGGACAACUUGGUUUCAAUGGAGAAAAUUCUUUGGUUCCUCAUUUAUUGGAGGGAUUCCUUGAGUUAGGUUCUCCUAAUUCAUCAGCUAGUGGCUCAGAGAGAAAGAAACUGAUGAUUUCUUCAGUUAAAGGUGGUGGAAUGAUGUCAGCGGCAAUAGACAAUCUUGGAUCUCUAUGGCUGUGGGGAAACUUUCCUGAACCACAGAAAAGCAAGUCUACUGAAAAUGAAUUCUCUCUUACUAGCAGUUGUAAUCCAAUACCUGUCUGGAAUUUCCAUGGACACACAGUUGUUAAGGUGGCAUGUGGAAAUGAGCAUGUUGUCGCAUUAGUCACUGCUGGGGAAGGUUACAAAGGGAGUAAUCUUGUUUGUUAUUCUUGGGGUGGCAACAGCCACGGGCAGUUAGGUUUGGGAGAUAGNAAAAAACCGAGGA